AUGGUUCAGAGCCAGAACAUUGCGACGAUCUGCGUUGGGACAUCUGCCACCAACCCGUCGCCGCUUUACUCGAGGUCUUCUGCCCCACCAAGCGCCACGGACCAGUCCCGUACCAUGUCUUGUACCGCGGGGUACAACCCAAGGUACCUCAGCCACACUACCAGCAACGUCGAGCUGCUUUCUCUUUUCUCGUUCACGAUUUCCGCUCUUCAUAGUUUGUUUCCCGAAUUGCUUCAAACAGCCAAAACAGCCGCCAUUUCUCAAACAAUGGCUCCCUCCUCAUACUAUAUAAAUCGCAAUCGCCGCUUGGUUCAGGUCGAUGUUCCCUUCGAAUGCAUUGCCACCGCGUUCCCUUUCAUUUCCAGAAUGUCACCGCGACGACGGCGAAAUACAAUUACUCCCGACUCCGAUGCCUCUUUCCCCCUCGACAAAGAUAGUUGCGGCGUAUCCAAUGGGGUCUCUCACGCCAGCGAUCAGCGAGCUGGCUUAGACACUUUGCCAAUCGGAGUCGAAGCUUUCCAUGAUGACGACGACGGCAAAACCCUAUACGAUGGAGACGGCGACGACGACGACGACGACGACGACGAAAUCCUUUCCGAAGACAAGGAUUACGAUAUGGAAGACCAGAUGAAGCUCUUUGACGGGAAUGUGCAUCCAUCUGAAUACUGGCUGCGCGAGCUAGAGAGCUUCAACGAGGAUUCCUUCGCCUGUCAAGACUACAGUCUGGGGACGACGGUGCUCCUCGAUGCCGUCGAGGGACAAUGGCACCAAUUUUGCGCUGUUAUCAAGCGCGACGUCCAACAGUGUUACGCGACCAUCUCGACCAGCAUCAUGCAUACCUUCUUCGAUUGGUUACUCAACCAAAAGGUCGGCAAGGACGGCAGGAGGAAACGUGGAAUCAAGAAGAAAAGUUCGCUGGGAACAUACUGGAAGGUCUUUCGGCUCGUCUACGAGAGAGCCGUGGGCGAUAAGCUUGAUCUAAAGCUGAACCGCAGCAUGCACAGGGAAGGUAACUCUCCCGGACCUAAGCCAGUCCUACAACUAACUAGCCCAGGUUCUGCGACGCUUAUUGAAGAGCAGAAUGAGACUACGCUUAGCAUAAUAAAGAAGUCCUUUAAGCUUAGGGAACUGCGUAUCCUCGCCGUACUCUUUCUCCUCCUGCUUGCCCCUGUUGGUUCUCGGCCAAUGGCGACGCUCAACCUACGAUUCAAGGACAUUCGGGUCGCUUUGGCAAGGGACCCAGAGGGCGGGCUACAUAAGCUUCUUCUUUGGCUCACUCCUGAAUUCACUAAAACCUACCUCGGCGAAAAGGAACAGAAAACAUACACGAUCCCCGAAACCAUGUUUGAUCCGUCCUUGCUCUUAAGCCCCCACGUCUUUCUCCUGGGCAUUAUUUUCCGUUACCGAGCUUUCUGUGCACCAAGUCUUACCUCGCCGCAUCACCUUCAAAGCCUUGAUAUACAUCCUGGCGAGAAAGAGCUUCCCUUGCCGUUGAGGGAGGACCUCAACCAGACCUUCAUUUUUCGUCGAGCUGUCGAGACUUUGACAGGUUAUCAGAUGUCCCGUAAUCAACGCAUAUCUUAUGGUAUGAUGGCAGCCUGGGUCAAGAGAAUUGGCGAAAUUAUGGGGCUUAAGGACCCUACGAUAGCCUAUAAUCUGCGCUACAACGCUGCCAAUGUAUUUGACCAAAUCGACGUCAGCGAGGCUCUGAGAAAUUUAGCCAUGGGACACGGCAAUUCCGACCCUUUCCAGAGGCACUAUCUUGGGCGCAACAUCUCUGCUGGUCUCUGGGGUAUCCGUCGUCUAAUCGAUCUGACGGUAGGGCAGUCUGCCUCUGUUGCGACGCAUUCAACCAUAAGAGCACUUAUGGAAGCUAUUCCGAAACUGCCUCUGGGCUCUAAAGAAUACAAAGAAGCUAAACGGAUGAUGCGCAAAGAAAAGGAGAGACUCAGGAGAGAUCUGAAACAGCAAAUCAGGGACGAAUGGACUGACCAGCAAGCCACAGACGACAUCGAGCGCCGAAUUCGCGGCGUUGGGUUUGCCAAACCGGCAACAAUGGAUCCCUGUCACCCUCAGAGACCAGCACAAAAGCGAUUGCUCGCCAAGCUCACAGCCCCAGUUGUCACGACACUGGAAGGGCAGUACCGUCGAAGAGACGAUGCUAUCGAAGCGGUGUCUGCGUACUGUCUUGUUCAAGAAGGAUGCUACCCACGAGAAAGCACCCCUUUAUACGAAGCUACACUGUCCGUAUUUGUUGCUGACAAGGAAGAGCGGCUAAGACGAUGCUUCGUGUGUAUUGGUCAAGCCUUGUGUCUGCCUACGGAUGAUGAACAGCGGUUGAACGAACUUAUGCACGAGUUCUACACCUCUAAUGACUUGACCAAACACUUCAAACGAAAGCACCUUGACAAAAUCGCAGGCUGCGAUCAGGUAGACUGCAAGGUUUGCGACAUGACUCUCAACAACAAGAUGCAUUUUCAGCGUCAUGCCCGCGACAUUCACGGGACCCAGACCUCUACAUACGCAGGCACCUCUCUCAAAUUCGAACGCAUCGGGCGAAGGCAUGACAGAAUGCAGUGUUUGAUGCCCUCAGCCAUCACAUGGAAUAAGGUCACUUCGGUAUCGCGUCACUUCAAAUGCGUACCUGGGCACAUGUUGCGGCGUGAUGUCUCGCCGCCACAGGAGCAUGGACUGGGCAACAAGUACCACAAUUGA